AUGGCCCUGCUUGUAAUUUGUGCACUCCUGUGCUUGUCCUGCUGGGCAUUGUUCUACUUCAUCCUGUGUAAUGUGAACGAGUCCAGGAGCUACGAAUGGAACUGUCGUCUUGUCACUCUGGUGCACGGCAUCCUGGCAGUCUGCAUCACUGCAUACAUAGGAUACGUGGACGGACCCUGGCCCUUCACUUAUCCAGGAACUAAGAACACCCCUCUCCAGAUCAGUGCCAUGGUGCUAAGUCUGGGCUACUUUAUCUUUGACAUGGCCUGGUGUGUGUACUUCCGCACAGAAGGACCCGUUAUGCUGGCCCACCACACCAUGAGCAUCCUGGGAAUCCUGCUGACCCUGUGGCUGGGGGAGUCUGGCAUCGAGUCCUGCGCCGUGCUCUUUGGCAGCGAGAUCACCAACCCUCUGCUGCAGGCACGCUGGUUCCUCAAACAGACGGGACGCUACGAGACUCGGCUGGGGGACGUCGUGGACGUCCUGUUUGUGCUGCUGUUCGUGGUGAUGCGAGUGUUCGUGGGAGGCACAAUGCUGUACUGUGAGCUGAUCUCUCCACGACCCAGAUUCUUUAUCAAGUGCGGAGGAGUGGCGAUGUACGCUCUAUCCUGGGUCUUCAUGGUGGACAUUGUUCGAUUUGCCAGACGAAAGAGUAAGAGCUGGCACAAGCAGAGAGUCCACCAAGAGAAUGUGACUGCUAAUGGUCAUGAUGGGAAGACAGACUGA